UGGCAACACAAAACUAUUUUAUUGGUAUAGAGAAUUUUCUGUUAAGUGGAAGUGUUUAAAAGUUAGAGCUCCGCAUAAUAUUUUAUUAAAUGCUUUACAUACUACAAGCCCGAAUAUCUUCAGCAUAUUCUACUGCAUAUAGAGUGUUUAUAAAAUCUUUAUAAGGAUCAAAUAAUUUAUAUAAAAGUAGUUUUAAAAUGAGUAUAUUGACGAGAAAAUCAUUACAUGUCUUAUGUGAACAAUUCUAUUUAAAGAACAAAGGAAGUUUUCAACGCUGGCGUCGCCGUCCACGUCACAGACCCUUUUUGUAAAAACUAUAAAAAGAUAAGAAAAAUAAAAAUAACUACAAGAAUCUUGUAUGUGUAACCGGUUUUAAAAUUGUUGGUUUAAUAUGCACUAGCUGUGAAGUCGACGCCAAUUUUAAGUAGCGUGCAGUUGGGCGAGGCAGCAGAAUCAAAAAAAUGUAUAUGUGGGCUUCGAAUAAAAAUGUUGAUUUUCUUUCGUUUGAUCGAUUUUUGAGCUUGCAAUUUAAUUGAAGAAAAAUGUGAAUACAAAAAUUCAGAAGAAAUUCUAAAUUAUUCACGUAUGCAGAGGAAAUGUGUAGCCUGUUCCUUCCUAAUGAAAUGGAUUUGGUAUUUAUAAAAAAAUCAUACCUGUUAAGUAUCAAAUGUUAACACUGCAGAGUCGACAUUAAAAAAUCACUAAGUAUAAUAUUAUAACAAAUAGUCAUUUUCAUUUCCUAACGAUCGUUCCUAUAUUUGUUCUAUCGUUAUUAUAUUAUAUAUGCAUAUAUGAGUAAGUUUCUUUACAGAUUCCUGCCAAUUCAACAAAAACCCAAACCAACUACAAAUACGCAUCUUUACAAAAACUAAUAAUAAUUUCUUUUAUAUAUAUAUAUAUCAUGUUAUAUUUACUUGUCAUUAAAGUCAUAUUAUGUAUUGUACUAUAUCAAAUAAAAUCUAAAACUAACAUCUUCGCAUUUGCUACAAAUAAAUUUUUAGCACCGAAAUAUCAAACUGCCUAUGCUUGCGAAGGUAAAAAACUAACAAUAGAAUGUGAUCCGGGCGAUAUAAUCAGCCUAAUACGCGCUAACUACGGACGAUUUUCUAUUACAAUAUGCAAUGACCACGGCAAUGUAGAUUGGAGUGUGAAUUGCAUGUUCUCAAAGACUCUCACAGUGCUGAAUUCAAAAUGCGCCAACAAACAAAACUGUACUGUUUUAGCAACUACGAAUAUGUUUGGAGAACCAUGUCCAGGUACACAUAAAUAUUUGGAAGCACAUUAUCAAUGCAUAUCAGCAUUACAAAGUACCACUACAACAAGUCGUCCUAGUCCACCAUGGAUAUUUACGAAUAUUCCUCCCUUAAUACCUAAUGGUCAUAAAGUAACACAUCCCGCCGUACCACAACCGCUACCACCGCGACUACCUUUACCUGGUAGUGCAACGUCUGCAGGUGCCCCUAGUAUUUGGAGUAGUAUACCAUCUUCAUUGGGGCCACCGACAGUGCAUACUACGUUACCUGGUGGUCGUUUAAAAGUAGGAUAUAAUGCGACUUUAAUAAAACAUACAAAUCGACAUGAUAGUUUACCACCACCACCACCGAUUCAUCAUCAUCAUCACACAACCCAUCGCACGGCUACUUUAGCUGGAAAUGCACAAGAUACUAGACAUAAUGGGCAUACUACUAGUGAUCAUCAUAAAAUUGAAGAAAAUGAUGUUACGAGAAAUAUCGCCAACAAUAAUAUAGGAAUAACAUCUAUUUCGCCAACAAACACCACACCAACAAAUACACGUAUUUUAACAGGUAUUGGUGGUACUGGAAGUGAUGACAGUACACUGUUAACUACCAGAACCACUCAAAAUCGUGUGAAUCAACAGCAAUCAACAACAGUAGAACAAUUUUCUACUAGUAGCACAAUUGCUGGAAGUGCUAGUAACACAAAUAAUACCAUUCGCACAAUAAAUAACAUUAAUAUUAAUAUUGGUUUAACUGGUGGUGAUGGCACAAAUAUGUUUUGCGGUCCCACAAAUGCACGUAACCUGUUUUGGAAUAUUACACGUGUUGGUGAUGUGAAUGUACAGCCAUGUCCAGGUGGAGCAACUGGAAUUGCAAAAUGGCGUUGUGUACUAAUGAAGCGCAUAUCUGAUAAUAGUUUAGAUGAAGAUAUAUACGCAACUGAAUUACCUUUACGUCAUAUGAAUUGUAGUCAUAAUAACAACAGCAGUAAUUGUAAUAAUUUUGAAGAUGUUGGCAUGAAAGUGGAUCAGCGUUUACGUAAUUUUAUACCAACAUGGCAUCCUUUAACGCCUGAUUUAACUCAAUGCCGAAGUUUAUGGCUUAAUAAUUUAGAAGUACGUGUAAAUCAACGCGACUCCUCUUUAAUAUCUAUAGCUAAUGAUUUAUCAGAGGUUACCAGUAGUAAAACUCUUUAUGGUGGCGAUAUGUUGGUAACAACAAAAAUCAUACAAACGAUGUCUGAGAAAAUGUUUCAUGACAAAGAAACUUUUCCUGAUCAACGACAGCGUGAAGCUAUCAUUAUGGAACUUUUGCAUGGUGUUGUAAAAACUGGUUCAAAUCUAUUAGAUGAAUCGCAAUUAUCCUCAUGGUUGGAUUUAAAUCAAGAGGAUCAAAUGCGUGUAGCAACUUCUCUGUUAACUGGUUUGGAAUAUAAUGCAUUUCUUUUAGCUGACACCAUCAUUCGAGAACGCAACGUCAUACAAAAGGUCAAAAAUAUAUUGCUUUCUGUGCGUGUUUUGGAAACUAAAAAUAUACAAUCGGACGUUAUUUUUCCUGACGCAGAACAGUGGCAAGUCAGCGAUGAUCGCAUUGAAUUGCCUCGUGCUGCACUUCUAGAAAAUAGUGAAGGUGGUUUAGUACGCAUUGUAUUUGCUGCUUUUGAUCGUUUGGAAUCAAUCCUAAAACCUACAUUUGACCAUUUCGAUAUUAAAAGUUCGCGUAGUUAUAUACGGAACACAGCAUUAGUAACAAAUGAAAGUGAUUCAGAUCCCGCAUCACAGCAACGUCUGCGUAUACUUAACAGCAAAGUAAUAUCGGCUAGUUUAGGAAAAGGGCGCCAUAUUCAAAUUUCACAACCAAUCAAACUAAUUUUGAAACAUUUGAAAACUGAAAAUGUAUCAAAUCCAACUUGUGUAUUUUGGAACUAUAUCGAUCAUGCUUGGUCGGCUAAUGGUUGUAAUUUGGAGUCAACAAAUCGUACACAUAGCAUUUGUAUGUGUAAUCAUUUAACAAAUUUUGCAAUAUUAAUGGACGUGAUGGACGAGCAAAACCAAUCGCUGUUUGCUUUGUUUGACGGCAAUAUGCGUAUUUUAAUAUACAUCAGCAUCUCUAUUUGUCUUUUAUUUAUUGUAAUUGCAUUGUUAACGUUAAAAAUAUUUAAUGGUGUCUUUAUUAAGUCUGCGCGUACUGUAAUAUAUCGCAGUAUCUAUAUAUGUUUACUAUUUGUCGAACUAUUGUUUCUUCUUGGUAUUGAACAAACAGAGACUAGUAUUCUAUGCGGUUUCACAGCUGUGUUCUUACAUGUUUCUAUAUUGGCAGCAAUAGCAUGGUUCUGCUUUGAAGCAUUUCAGUCAUACUGCAUCCUCACCACCGAUGAUAUUCUACUCGAAGUUGUACAAACUUCUAAAGUAAACUGCUAUUAUCUGUUAUCUUAUGGUCUUUCACUAACCAUUGUAGCCAUAUCAUUGGCUAUUGAUCCUAGCACCUAUACACAAAAUGAUUUUUGCAUUUUGAUGGACUCUAAUGCAUUGUUUUACUCGACCUUUGUAGCGCCUGUGCUUCUUUUCUUUUUGAGUGCUCUGAUUUAUACGUGCUUGUCAUGGCUUGUAAUGUAUCGUAAGAGUCGUUCAGCCCUAAAAAAUAAAGUACAUUCACGCCUAUCUAACAUUCGGUUUGAUAUACGUUGCUCGUUUAUAUUUUUGUUGUUGUUAAGCUCAGUUUGGAUCUCUGCUUACAAUUAUUUACGUCGUGCAAAACUCGAAGCAGAAAAUGCAAUUAUUUUUGGUUAUUUAUUUAUUGGCUUCAAUACGCUUAUGGGUCUCUAUAUCUUCGUAUUUCAUUGCAUACAAAACGAAAAGAUCCGUCGCGAAUAUCGAAAGUAUGUUCGCCAAAACUCUUGGUUACCUAAAUGUCUGCGUUGUUCCAAAACGUCAAUUUCGUCUGGAAUUGUUGGUAAUAGUACUGGUAUUGGGGUAGGAACUAAUAUCGGUAACACUACAUCUAGUAAUAGUGGCGGCAGUGCCACAUCGAAUACCCAAAUAAAAAGCUCAAAAUUACCAGAUGAAAGAAAUGAGAUUGAUGACACAGGUGGUGCUAUAUCGGCUUGUGAAGAUGCAAUUGUACCAUCAUCCGAUUGCGAAUUAAAUGAAAAUAAACCGCAACGCAAUAUUGGUGCAAGUGGUAGUGGUGGUACUAUCAAAAGCGGUAUAUUAGCUGGCAAUUUAGUGUUUCCACAUGGUAAGUGUAAUGCCGUUUUCGAUCCAGUCCAAGGUCAUAUAGUACUUGAACGUGGUGGUGGUGGUGGUGGUGUUCCAACUGGUUCAUUGCGUUACCAAGGCGGCAGUGUACAUACACCCAGUGCUGGACACACUUCUCCAACAUCAUCUGCCGGUUCCACACACUUAAUUUUUGGACAUGGACAUAAACAACAACCAGUCGGUAGCAGUGUUAGUAGCAACAGUGUCCCUACUCAAGAAAGUUUUUAUCAUCAACCGGAUUAUGAAAGUUGGAAGCAGCCUAUUAAUAGAGGAAUACCGCAACAACACCGUGAUUAUAUUGCAGGUGAAAAUUCACCACAACAAACUCAUGAAUUCUUCUACUGGACACAAAAACAUAGUCAACAAGGUAAGAAGAAACGUGGAGGCGGCGGAAAUUCUGACUCUCCAAGUGGUUCGCUGCAUAGUCGCACAACAGCUGCAUCACAGAUACUUUUUUAUCCAUCAUAUAAAAAAACACAUAAAAAUCCGCAACAGUAUCAACAUUAUGCAGAACCAGGUGAGCCCACGGCUUAUAUGCAUCAUCAACCGCAAGUACAACAAAAACAACAACGUCGGUACCCAACUGUUGGUCCUCAACACCAACAUAUGAAGCAACAAUAUAAUACAAUUCAGCAACAGCAGCUAUCAUCUGAUGAGGAGCAUAUUGAACCAGCUGCACAUGCACACCUAUUACAUUUUAACCGUCGUGGAGCUCCAGAACCUCACAAGUUGGGAACACCAGCAGAUUUUAAUGGUGUACAUAUAAAUUCAUAUGUGCAAGGACAGCGCUUUAUUAAAGGCAAACAUUCCAACUGUGAUUUAAAUAAGGAUUAUGAUUCAGGGCGUGUAAGUGAAACAUACUAUAAUCAAAGUUCCAUUAGUGGUGAUGGGCCAGUAUAUGAAGAAAUACUAAGCAAUCGCAAUUCUGAUGUUCAACACUAUGACAUUGAUGGUGAUGAUGACUAUGAAGGUCCAGGUACUGAAAGGUUGCAUAUGCAAAAUAAUGAUGACUAUGAGGACGAUGAAGAUGAAAGCAUGUGUGAUGAAGAUAAUGAUGAGGAUGAUAAUAGCAUGCAUAUGAAUGAUGCUAUGUCUUUACAGCAUAGCGAUGAACGUAUGCGUCGCUUAUUAGUAUUGCAGGAUGAAGAUUUUCAAAGACGUUUUCGACGUCAGCAGCAAAAAAAUUCUAUUAAUUCUGAUACUAAGGUAACUGCUGGUUAUAAUGACGGUGAUCAACGUACACCACCUCAAAAACAUCAACAACCGAAUUUGAUAUUCGGAGUAACUGGUGUGAAUACAGCUGGUGGAUCUGUACGUAGCUUUAAAAAGACUUCACCUAAUAAACGUUUGGGUAUGAAUGAACUUUUUCACCAUGGCCCACCGUUGCCACCAGCUAAUCAGCAUCCAUUGCAAAGGAGGCAACAACAACAACAACUUUCACCGCAAUCAACAACAUCCUCAUCAUCGUCAUCACAUCAAAUACAACAGCAACAGCCAGUUGGUCGCAAUAUAUCAGCUAUGUUAGAUGAAAAUAAUACCGUGAGAUGCUAUUUAGAACCGUUAUCGAAGUAGAUGUUGUUAGAUUUAUAGACCUUAGCAAUUUAAUCCCGCCCCAGCACGCGUUCACGUUAAUAACGACACAGGCACUAAAUAUUUCGCUUUAUUUACCAAAUAAAAUUAAUUUCGAUCAUAUACACAUUCAAAGGAAUGUAUUUAAAUAAGACUUAAAUGACAUAGUAAUGAGAAAAUAUAACAUAUAUAAGUAACGUAACGUAUAUUAUUUGAAACAAGUAGUUUUAGAUAGACGCAGUGAUUAAAACAAGUAUAUAAAUAUUCGUAUAUAUCACACGAGUUAAAUGCCAUUUUUUUAUAAUUUGUAGUUUCAUUAAAAAUUAUUUAUUUUCUAAUUUAAGUUGAACUUUUAAAAUAAUCCAUAUGUUUUGUACAAAAACUUUUAUUUGUUGUACUUGAAAUUUUUAUGUAAUGUUUCGAAAAAUUUAAUUUUUCUACGCCGUAUAUAUGUAUAUUUUACACAAAAAUGAGAAAUUUUAUUGUAAAAACAAUUUAGUAUAGAAAAGUAUAUAUAAAGUUUUGAAUGUCAAAUCUAAAUGUAAACAAUGCCAUAUAUUAUUAAUGUUACAAAACAUUUUAUAUAUCUAAAAAGAGAAUAGGUUUAACUAUAAACGUAAAUGUCUUGUCCAAAAAAAGAAAAAACUAUAUAUUCAUUAUGUGUAAUAAAACAAAAAACAAAUUAUCACUGUAGUAUUUUAUAGUUAUAAGCGGAAAUGAAAAAAAAAAUUAUUUAUCUUGUGUUUAUAUAAAUAGUUUCUUUUUUUUUUGUUUCUGUCCUAUAUAUGUCUUAAAGUGCUAAGUUACACGGCGAGUUUAAUAUUUUAGUAUUUAAGUUAAAUUAAGCUUGAGAACAUUUAAUACGUAGAAAGAACUGCCUAUAAAAACCAAAUAAAAAAUGUAUUUCAGAUUUUUGUAAAUUAUUUGAAAACAUAAACACCUUAGUAAGUGUUUUGAUUGAUAUGUGAAAACAACCUCUUUUUCUAAUAACAUUGAGUAUUAAAAAUAUUUAAAAAAGUGUACUAACUUUUAAUGUA